AUUUAAAAAUGGCAUCUAUCACGGUAGCGACCGCUACGAUACGAGCUGUGAAAGGGAGAAAGAUCCUUCCUACUCGCGCUGCACUCACCCUGACACCCAACGCUGUUCAAAAAAUUAAGGAGAUUUUAAAAGAUAAAAGCGAAUAUAUUGGUGUGAAGGUUGGAGUACGGCAACGAGGAUGCAAUGGUUUGAGUUACACCCUAGAUUAUGCAAAAGAAAAAUCUAAACUUGACGAGGAAGUGAUUCAGGAUGGUGUCCAUAUUUUCAUCGAUCGAAAGGCACAGCUAUCUCUUCUUGGAACAGAAAUGGAUUAUACCGAAAACAAAUUAAGCUCUGAAUUUAUAUUCAAUAAUCCUAAUAUUAAAGGGACAUGUGGAUGUGGAGAAAGUUUUUCAGUGUAGUAAAAUUUAGU